ACUCUUUUAUCUCUUCAUAGCUGUCUCUCUGUUGUCAUCACUCUCUCGCUCUCUCUCUCUCUCUAAAUCUCUCACUCUCACACUCUUUCACUCCUCUUCUUAGGUGAACUAGCUUCACUCUUUCUCUCUCUAAGAAAGGCUGCUCUUUUAUCUCUUCAAAAACCCUAUGGAGCUCUUAAAACCCUAGCUUUUCACCUUAGAUCUGCUCUGCAUUACCCCUAUUAUGCACUUCCAGGAGACUCUCUGGAAUUCAUUAGUAUAAAAAUGUCUAACUCCGACCCCAAAACCCGUUCCAAGCCUGGUCCAUGGCUACCUGCGCCUGAAUCCUCCCCAUUACCGCCUUCCUCUUGGGCUAAGCGAACUGGGUUCCGACCUAAGUUCUCCGGAGAGACUAAUGCUAGUGAUUCCGGUCAGAUUUCCCUUCCUCCAAAGCCCAGAGAGCAGUCCGAUAAUCAGCCGGAUCUUGAAGCUGGUCGAGCGAGACCAGCUCCCACGACGACGACUACGAAUACGAAACCAUCUCCGGCUGCUGUGAAUGGUACUGAAACAGCAGUACCAACUGAGAAUAAAGAUCAGACGGUGAAGAGGAGGAGAGACUCUGAUGGUGGUGGGCCUCCUAAGAAAGAGUCGGGUCAUGGAGCUAAUGGACAGGGUCCGGCGGCCCCCACGGAGGGUACGAGGAGAGCCGCGAGGAAUGAGGAAGUGGUUGAUGUGUUACCACAAACUGUGGAGGAUAAUGGGUUUGUGGGAAGGCAUUCCCAUAUGAAAUAUGAGCUAAGAGAUACACCAGGACUUGUUCCCAUUGGUCUAUAUGGGUUCCAGCAUUACCUUUCAAUAUUAGGUUCAUUGAUUCUCAUUCCUCUCGUCAUUGUUCCUGCAAUGGGGGGCUCUUAUGAGGACACUUCAAUGGUGGUGUCAACGGUGCUUUUCAUUUCAGGAGUGACAACACUUUUGCAUACAUCGUUUGGGUCAAGGUUGCCUUUGAUACAAGGCCCAUCAUUUGUUUAUCUUGCUCCAGCAUUAGCAAUAAUAAAUUCUUCAGAGUUCCAAGGAUUAAGUGGAAAUAAUUUCAAACAUAUUAUGAAGAGACUACAAGGGGCUAUAAUUAUUGCUUCAGCUUUCCAAGCAUUUCUUGGAUAUAGCGGAUUGAUGUCUGUAUUUUUGAGGUUGAUCAAUCCAGUGGUUGUUGCCCCAACCAUUGCUGCUGUUGGACUUUCAUUUUAUAGUUAUGGUUUUCCACUGGUUGGAAACUGUCUUGAGAUUGGUGUGGUUCAGAUACUACUGGUUAUUUUUUUUUCUCUUUAUCUUCGUAAGAUAUCUGUUUUUGGUCAUCGUGUUUUUCUCAUUUAUGCGGUUCCACUGGGUCUAGCGAUCACAUGGGCAGCUGCUUUCCUUCUGACUGAAGCAGGAGCCUACAGUUACAAAGGUUGUGAUCCAAAUAUUCCUGCUUCAAAUAUUAUAUCUGACCACUGCAGAAAGCAUGUUUCCAGGAUGAAGCACUGUCGAGUUGAUACUUCUCAUGCAUUGAAAUCUUCCCCAUGGUUUAGGUUUCCUUAUCCCUUACAAUGGGGUACUCCUGUCUUCGAGUGGAAAAUGGCUCUUGUUAUGUGUGCGGUGUCCAUUAUCGCAUCUGUGGAUUCGGUUGGCUCAUAUCAUGCAUCAUCAUUGUUGGUGGCAUCUAGACCUCCAACCCAAGGUGUUCUCAGUCGGGGGAUUGGCCUUGAAGGACUUUCUAGUGUAUUGGCUGGUCUUUGGGGUACUGGAACUGGCUCUACAACCCUAACUGAGAAUGUGCACACUAUUGCUGUGACUAAAAUGGGAAGUCGCAGAGCAGUUGAAUUAGGUGCAUGCAUUCUGAUUCUUUUGUCCCUUGUAGGUAAAGUUGGAGGGUUUAUUGCUUCAAUUCCUGAAGUAAUGGUUGCUGCUCUCCUUUGCUUCAUGUGGGCAAUGCUUACAGCACUAGGAUUGUCAAAUCUACGCUAUAGUGAGGCUGGAAGCUCUCGGAAUAUCAUCAUAGUUGGGCUAUCUUUAUUCUUCUCACUUUCAGUGCCAGCAUAUUUUCAGCAAUAUGGCAUCUCCCCAAAUGGUAACUUGUCUGUUCCCAGUUAUUUUCAGCCUUACAUUGUUGCCUCUCAUGGACCAUUCCGCAGCAAAUAUGGAGGGUUGAACUACCUUUUAAACACGUUAUUAUCCUUACAUAUGGUGAUUGCAUUCCUGGUGGCUGUUAUCCUGGACAACACUGUACCUGGCAGUCAACAAGAGCGUGGAGUGUACGAAUGGUACGACACAGAGGCAGCAAGGAGGGAGCCUGCCGUUACCAAAGACUAUGAGUUGCCCUUCAGAGUGGGCCGGGUUUUCAGAUGGGUGAAAUGGGUUGGGCUUUGAGAGACCAAGGAUGCCUUAGUUAGUGUGAUGCCCAUCAUUGCAGUGUAGAGCUCCUAUUCAAAGGGGAUGAUUUCUGCUUCCUUCUGAUUCCAGAUACAAGUUCCUUGAGCUGAAAUGGUAAAAUAGCAGGGGGAAACAAAAUGAUUUUUCUCACACUGCAUGGCCUUCUUGGGACUAUUGGUUGAGUUAGUUGUGUACAUUUGAGGGUCCAUAGGGAUCUCAUUGUGUUGUAAUUUUAAAUUAUCAACAAUGUAUCUAGUUUUGAGUCAUUAAAAAUUGUCUAGAGGGACUUUCUACUCUUAGAACACUGAGAAUUCAUCCUCAUCAUGUAUAUUUUUUUCUCAAUUAUAUUCUUAACGAGUUUCGUCAACAA